ACCUUGUGUUCGCUUGUAGGGAUAAGUAAUUUGUAAUUUGUGCUUCCAAAAUUAUUAGAUCUUUAAGUCUGAGGCCUGGAGGCUAAUUGUUACCUUUUGUGAGACUAACUAACUUAAGAUUAAUGGGUAAGAUAAGAGGUCGCAGUUCGUCGCAGUAUUUGAUAAAUAGUCGGUAAGAACCCGCUUAUCGAUAAAUACAUAACUUCACGAUCCACCGCAAAACGCCAAGUUACAUUAUUAUUAGACUAUUAGUGUAAAUAUCGUGUCAAGCAACGGACGUUUUUGCGCUGAUUUCGUGCGCAUUGACAGCGCAAGAUGCGUUCGAUAGUCUGGCUGCUGCUGGUGGCGAUCGCGGUGGCUGAGGUCGUCGACGAACCGUGGUACGAAGAGGAAGAUGUCGACGAGUCCUACGACGACGAUGAUGCGAGCUACCGGAAGAAAAGAGAAGUGUAUGACCCCAACAUAGAUCACCAUCGAGUCAAACGUUGCUGUGAAUAUGAAAAGUCAAGAAAACGACGCUCGCCAGCUGUCAGAGCACCAAGACAGGUUCAUCACUACGAAGUACACGAGUUUACAGAUGAAAGGUUGGGUCCGGCGUCACCUCCGUACGAGGAAAUGCUGGCAGCAAGUGCUGAUCAUUAUCAAAGGUACGCAGUGCCUCCUAAGUCCGCAAGAUAUUUGGACCAUUCCGUUAACCACGUUUCUGGUGCCCAUGUUCCGCUCAAAGCAGCCCAGAUAAACUUAUCUCCAUCAGAAUCAGUACAAUUCGUUCCUAUUGCUACUGAUCCGAUUACAGUUGUGAAUGUAGACGGUCCAGCACCAAUACAUUCAGGACCUUUAACACAAUCACCGAAAAAACUUGAUGGUGGAGAUCUUUAUGGAGCCGCCGCAGGAAAUCAUCAUAAGCAUACUCACGGACAUGGACAUACGCAGGGUGGAGGUCAUGCAAACCUUGGGAAUCAUCAUGCAGAACAUGGUGGUAAGACAACCAAGGGCUUUAGUACGGACCACUUCGUCGACAAAGGCGGCAAAGGAUACAAAACAGAUGAACAUCACAGGAAAGAGUACGAGGACGCCGGUGGAAACAAGAAAAAGCAUCACGAUCACGCCGGACACCAGGGCAGUCAUGAGGAAGAAGCGCAUGGCUCUAGGGGAUCACACUUCGGUGAAAAGAAGGGACACAAGAAAGGACAUAAGACCAAGGGCUACCAUAACAAAUACCAUAAAGAUGAGUUCCACAAAGAGCACAAGUUCUACGAUGACUUCCACAAGAGCGGGGAACAUCACAGAUACGGCAAGUUCCACGCGAAGCACGCCAGCAACGAGAGCGGCAAGAAGAAAGCUCACAGGGUCGAUGCUGGACACGAUUACGUCGAGCGAGGGAAGAAAGGAUACAGCAACAAGGGUCACACGGAUGCUGACCACAAAGGUUACGAUGGUAAACGAGGCCAUGAAGAACACCAUGCUCACCAUUCCGACCACGGCAAGAAGGGUGGCAAGGAAGGCGGCUCCCAUUGGGGCUAUGCCAAGAAGCACUAAUUGCAAAACUUGUACAAGUAAUACUAUUACUGGAUACUAUUUAGCCUAUUUAAGUUAUGUAUGUUAUGAAUCAAAUAGAGACUGUAAGAGAUUUUACUGGUGUAAAACGGAAGCCAAUCGAAAAUGCAUGAUUUACAUUAUUUUUGAAAACUUUGAAGCGGUCCCGUUUUAGUAGUAAAAUUUGGAUGAUCAUGAUUGGGUUUUGGGGUUUAUUUAGAUGGGCAAGAUAAAAUGUCAAUUAUUCUGGAUGCUAAUGAACUUUAUAGUAUGGUAAUAAUAUCAAGUAAAAUUUUAACUUCCAUUACAAUUGAUAUUAUAAAUUGAUAAAAUUGAUAAAAAUAGUCCUGAUUCGUUUAUAAAACUAAUUAUCGGAAUAUUACUUCAAUUCGAUAAAUAGUUCUGGGAUGAUCUGUUUCUAUCUUAAAGUUUACUGAGUCUUUUGUAUCUUUUAUUGUGCCAAUGUUUGACCGUAACCUAUCUUCUUCCAGUAACCCCGUUUAAUGGUUUUCCACAAUCCCUUGACAAAUCAGUCUUACCUAUUUACCUUUUAUUAAAUCGUGAUUUUUUUUAAUCUCAUUUUUGUGACCAACUUUACAUUAUGCUUGACUGUUUCUGUCUCCGUACUCAUAUUGUUACUUACACCCAUAAAAUGAGUUAUUAUGAAACAUAAUGAAUGUUUAGCAAACCUUAAUUACGCCAAUCCUUAAAAUAAAACAGGUCAUUCAGGAUUCAUCGAAAAACACUUCAGUGGAAUGUUGUGUACAUGAUCGCGUCAUAUUGAAAGCAUGUUUAUUACAAAAACUUCAGUUUAUCCUUAUAACGACUGUUAAUAGAACUUAAUUUUAUUAUUUAAAAAAGUGUUAGCAAGGUUUGGUCUGUGGUGUUAUCCAUUAGAUUCAUCAUUUUUUAUGUUCAGUUUUAAAAUGUGACCUGAUUUAGGUUUCAAAUCAUGUACGUAACGAAAAUUGAUUGGUUUGAAAUUGAUUUCACAAGUGCUCACGGUUGAUAAAAUGUUGGCAAUGUAUCUACAUGACAUUACCAAAAUAAUUUCUGUUUAAAAAUAUUUUCGAGUAAAAAGGGAAGCCGCUUUAUCCCUUGGAGCUCAUGAAAAGCCCAUUGCGUCUUUGACUAUACGUUGAUUCUUUAAUUAUCAGAUAAGUUAUUCACCAAAUAUGUUAACUCUAAAUAUGUUACUUAAUUAUGUUAACUCAAUUUUUUGCAUAAUUGUAUUCACGCGACUGCAAUAUAUUUCUUAUUUUAAUAUCAUUUUAAAAUCUUCAUAUGAUAAUCGAAAAACUAGCUCUUAAAACGAUCUACCAAACUUUGAACAUAAUUGAUUAGCUUGAAAUGUAAUUUGACCUUCUAUCCGCAGAGAUAGAUAGUGUUUUAUUUGUAUCAAUGUUGUAAAAAUUAAUCCCGGCACAGCGCUGCUUAUGUUUUUCAAGUCGAGCAAAUUCUCGGCAACUUAAAAGAAAAUAUUUAGAUGGUGCUACGUUUACUAACUGCGUAUUUUAUAGUAAUUAACGUUAAUAUUUAUUGUUAAUUAAUUUAAUUUGAUAUUUUUUUCUUAAUAAAAAUAAAAUUUUGUA